CUUUAAAAGAAAUUUUGGCCAACUUUUUUGUUUCAAAUCUUAGCCUCUUCGCUCUCUCUCUCUCUCUCUCCCACUCACUCUCUCUUCCUUCAAAAGCCGUCUGCAACUUCCGAGACAUUGCUGCCUAUUCGAUUUAAAACGGGAAUUCAAUCCAUCAAAAUCUUCCGAGAUUCACAGGAUCUCUUGGAUAUUUGUUUCUCUCGCGGCUUUCUCCGCUGCCUGUUCUCGUUUUUGCGUGAGGCGAAUACUGCUAUGACGAUGCCUAUGAGAGGCAUAAUUAGCGAGCAGAGUGAAAUACGAGAAGGCAGUGGGAAUUCAUCGAGAAAAGUGAGGGAGGGAGUUCAAGUGCGUCAUCUCGGGAAGUCGCAUAUUGUCCCUGAGCAGCCUUCGUCAUCUUCUCCGGUUCCGAUUGAACAGAGCCGGUGGGCGAAUUUGCCGCCCGAGCUUCUAUUGGACAUAAUUCAACGAGUGGAAGCGAGUGAGACCACUUGGCCUUCUCGCCGGCAUGUUGUUGCCUGUGCUUCAGUUUGCAGGUCAUGGCGGAUGAUUACAAAGGAAGUCGUGAGGACUCCCGAACAGUGUGGGUGGAUCACCUUCCCAAUUUCCCUGAUGCAGCCGGGACCAAGAGAAACGCCAAUCCAGUGCUUCAUUAAAAGAGAAAGGGCAACUUCAACGUUUCGGCUCUAUCUCGGCCUAAGCCCUGCUCUGUCUGGUAACUUAAGUAAACUGCUGCUAACUGCGAAAAGAAUCCGACGAGCAAUGAGUACUGAUUUCAUUGUAUCAUUACUUCCAGACGACUUCUCUCGAGCAAGCAACAAUUUCAUCGGAAAAUUGAGGUCAAAUUUUCUGGGGACCAAGUUUUCGAUUUAUGACAGUCAGCCUCCACAUGACCCAAAAUUGCGAACUAGUAGAUCAAAACGAAGAAUUCAUUUGAAACAGGUUUCUCCAAGUAAAACUCCAACCAACUAUAAAGUCGCUGCCGUAAGCUACGAGCUGAAUGUCCUCCGCACCAGAGGGCCGAGGAGAAUGAGGUGCACAAUGCAUUCAAUACCUGUUGCAGCUGUGGAGGAGGGUGGCACUGCCCCGACUCCAACAGAGUUUAAAGACUGCAUCGAUGAACAUGAUUCAUCUACGUCGAGUUGCAAAGGAAAGAAGCCGAUAUGGGAGUCGUCCCCCGAGCCUCAUGAAUCGACAGCACCGUUGGUAUUGAAGAACAAAGCUCCAAGAUGGCACGAGCAGCUGCAGUGUUGGUGCCUGAAUUUCAAAGGGCGCGUCACGGUUGCAUCUGUGAAGAACUUCCAGCUGGUUGCUGCAGAGACGAGUGAGAAUGUGUCUGCAGCUGAACAAGAAAAAGUGAUUCUGCAGUUUGGGAAGAUUGGGAAGGAUAUUUUCACGAUGGAUUAUCGCUACCCUCUCUCAGCUUUCCAAGCGUUUGCAAUCUGCCUUAGUAGCUUUGAUACCAAGCCAGCUUGUGAAUGACAGACACCAUUACUCAACAACUCGCUCCAAAAUUUUCCAAUUGUAUAUAUUAUUUUGGGAAGUAGCUUGGUUUAGACAUUGAAUUGAGUAAUGAGGCAACAAUUAUGAAUCUGCGAUGAAGGGUAGUAAAUCUAAAUUAUGCUCCAAAAUCUGUAUUAUCUAAUUCUUCGUCCAAUUCGGAUUCAGCAGAGUUCAUUUAUCUAU